CUUAAUAACUAAAUUAUUUUAAAGAUAUUUUAAUAGACAGAUUUUUAUUUAACCCUUUCUGGCCGGUUGUGUAGAAUUUUACACAUACCGAGAUCCACGCGCUGCUUUAAUAGCAGUGGCGUUUAGAACGUUAUGACCGGUUGUCGCGUAUUGUACACAUACCUAGGAUGACGAUAAAAUCGUUGAACCAAUGACGUUCUUACUUUGGAUUCUUGGCUCGAGCUUUGUUUACAGGGAUUUUGUGAGAAGGUCUACGGUGUUACUACGAGACGGAAGACCUGACUAUUCCGAGUUAUACAGAUGAAGCCUGUUCAGUUCUACAAGAAGACUGCUACAACAGCUCGUUUUGUUCGUAACAUUCCUGCAGAAAGUGAUGAUGAUGAGCUCUCGUCGAGUGACAAUGAAGUUGCUGAAGUAUCAUCUGGUGACGAUACAGAAGAAUACGAAGUAUCUGACCAGCAAGACAGCAGCGAUGAUGAGCAGCCUUCCACUUCUGCUGCUGUUGGAAGAUCUACUGUUUGGAAAUGUGUUACUGGCCAAUCAUCUGCAAAGUCAAUGCCAGAGUCUGCUGAUCAACGUGCUUCUGCUGAUACCAUAAAGUCGCCAGUGGAGUACUUUCGUUACUUCUUUGACAGUGGGUUGGUGGAACACAUUACUGAUCACACCAAUCUGUAUGCAACACAAAAAGAUGUAAAUAAGCCUAUUGGUUGUUCCAAGGAUGAAAUUGAACAGUUUCUUGGUAUGACUAUGUACAUGUCUAUUUUUAAUCUGCCAAGAAGUAAGAUGUACUGGGGCAAAGCAUCGCGUUUGUCACAGGUUGCAGAUGUGAUGUCACGUGACAGGUGGGUUGAACUGAAAAGUAAUCUUCACUUCAACGACAAUGGAAAUAUGCUUGCUCCAGAUGACGUUCAGAGAGAUAAAUUGUUCAAAAUACGUCCGUUGAUUGACUCUCUCUUGCCAAAGUUCCAUUCACUGGAAGUUGACCAUAAGUUGUCAGUGGAUGAACAAAUUAUCCCAUUCAAGGGACAGUCGGGAAUGAAACAGUACAUUCCGAGCAAGCCCUACAAAUGGGGCUAUAAAGUGUUUAUGCUGUGUGAUGUGACUGGAAUUGUGCAUAAUUUCAUAAUAUACACUGGAAAGAUUCAGGCAGCAUCCAAUCAAGCAAACAUUGGUGCCAGUGGCAACAUUGUGCUUCAGCUGGUCGAGGUCUUGCCGCAAGAGAAGCAGUACCUGUUGUUUUUUGACAAUUGGUUUACGUCACUGAAGUUGCUGUCAGCCCUAGCUAAUAGGAACAUAUUAGCAGUUGGGACAGUUCGUGCGAAUCGUCUUCAGAAUUGCAAGAUGAUUGCUGAUGCAACUCUGAAGAAGAAAGGGCGUGGCUCAUUUGAAGAAAGAGAGGGUGUGGUCAAUGGUGUCGAAGUUCGAGUUGUCAAGUGGUUUGACAACAAGUCUGUAACACUAGCCAGUACAUUUGCUAGUGCAGAACCAGUGUCAACUGCGAGGCGGUGGGAUCGUACUACAAAGCAGCAUAUUGACGUGCCACGCCCAGAAAUCAUACAGAUCUACAACAAGUUCAUGGGAGGAGUUGAUACCCUGGAUGCCAUCAUGGCGAGGUAUCGGAUCCACUUGAAAUCAAAGAAAUAUUACCACCGCUUUUUUUUCCAUUUUGUGGACUUGGCAGUGGCAACUGGCUGGUUACUGUAUCGCCGGGAUUGUCGUGAUAUGGGAGUUGAUAAGCGUCAGCAGAAGGAUCUUAUGGCCUUCAAGCUUGAAAUAGCUGAUGCUCUUUGUCGUGAAGGCAAAGACAUGACAGCAAAGAAGCGUGGCAGACCAUCAACCAGUAUGGAGGCAGAGCUGCAGCGCAAGAAGAAGAGGGGACCUGCUAAGCCUGUGCCAACUCAGGAUGUUCGCACAGACUCUGUUGGUCACUGGCCGGCACAUGGUGUGAGGCAGAGGUGCAAGCGUCCAGGGUGCAAAGGACAAACUGUUUUUGUAUGCACUAAGUGCAAUGCAAAUCUUUGCCUUUCAAAGAAGAGUAACUGUUUUCGCCAGUUUCACGAAUAACUGUUGAUAACUGUGUUAUUGUACCUUGUCUUAUACGGCCGUUGUGGCCUGUUGUGUACAAUACGCGACA